AUGGCUUUUCUUGAGCUUGCCAUGGCAGGGCUCUCCCUGAGCCCGAUUACCUCUGCUUCGUUCUCAUACAAUUUAAACUACCGCUCCCAUUCCCAUAAUCACCCUGAUAUGGGAAUUGCCAUUAACAAGGUGCACAAGCGGAAUGUUCCAUCCUCUCCAUUCAACCCCGAGGAUCUGUACUUCACUCAUAGCGUUGCUUCUGGAGAUCCUUACUCCAAUUCUGUGAUCCAAUGGACCUGCGUCUCACCUAUGAACAAGAGCAGUGACUCCAACGUGGCUGUCAGUGGUACAGCCCCUCUGUAUGACCAUGGCAACGAUAGAUACGUUUCCGUUUCUACUGCGCCCGUUUGUGUGGAGCACAAAGUUGCAAGGGAUGGCAUGAUGAGGAAAGUCGUCACCGGCAGAGAAGUUUGGACUUCCUCUGAUGUUGACUAUACAGUCAAGCCCAGGGAUUUUUCAAUGCCUACGGUAAUGCUGCCUGUAAAGACAAUGCCGAUUACGUUAUCCAUCUUGGUGACUAUAUCUACGAGCACAAAGAGGGCGAGCACUAUGCUUUUUAAUGGUGGCUACGGAUGGGGCUGGUUCAUGGAUCGCAUCCCACAGCCUGCGGAUCACAAUACCAAACUUGACUCUCGCAUGAGAUAUUCCAGUUACCGCACUGACGCUGACAUCCUUUACUCGCAUCAGAACUUCCCUGGAUCACCAUUUGGGAUGACCAUGGCGAAGAACAACAUCUGGAAAGCUGGUUCGUCUAAAAUGAACAAUACAGAAGAAUCCUUCAUUAAGGCCGGUGGAAUUUCCAUCAACCAAGUUAAGGCCAACGCCGUCCGUGCUCACUUCGAGUGGAUGCCCAUCCGCCAGGUCGAUAUGGACGAGACCCUCCGUAUCUGGCGCAACUUCGAGAUUGGCGAUCUAUUCAGUCAUAUCAUGCUUGAUACCCGUGUCUAUGAUGGCUCCCUUCGAGAAUCUGCCAAGCGCAAAGCCAAAUGGCGGAUCGUUGGCCAGCAAGUACUCAUCUCCAAUAUCACGUACACCGAUGGCAGGGAAGAAACCCCCUAUAACGCCGACGCCUGGGAUGGAUACCGCGCCAGAAAAAACAGGAUCCUCUCCACCAUCCUUGAUAACGAAAUCAACAACACCAUCUUCCUUGCCGGCGACACUCAUGCCUCCAAUGUCUCUGACCUCGUCUACACGGGCCAUGGCGAAUAUGACCCCAAAUCCGGCUCAGGAGCCAUUGGUGUCGAGUUUGGUGGCUCUGGCGUCACCUCCCCCGAGCCCGUCGGCCAGAACGGUACCUUCGCCAAGGGAGCCGAGAAGUGA